CUUAUUAUUUCUUAUCCAGUUUGAAAUAUUUACGUCGUAUAAAAUACAUCUUUGAUUCUUUCUUUAAGAUAAAGUCGCCUCGAAGUGCUAGAAGCACUGUGCCGCUUCUCCUGCUAUCUUUGCUUGUUAGUUAGCUUAGCUCGCUAGUUAGCUUAGCUUGUUAGCUGCUAACAGAAGACACAGAAGUUAUUUAAACAUCGCUAAGUAGAGAUCAAAUGUGAGAGUAAAGUGUUGUGAUUGUGUGACAAUGUGCGAAAGAACGAUAGCAAAGUACGAGGAGGAACUUUGUCCGACAAAAGAGGAGAAGGAGCGACAACAUCAACUACUGGAUGUUUAUUAUAAGAAACAUCAUCAAGUUGUGUUACACAGAACAGACGUCUGUGAACAACAUCCUCUCUCUGAGCAACAGGAGUGGAGCUUCAGGAUGGUGAAGGAGGAGCCUCAGCCCUCUUACUUGAAAGAGGAAGACAAGGACCCACUCUUCCUCCAUUUUAAAGAGAAAGAGGAGGUACCAGAGACUUCACUCUUUAUAAAGAAAGUGAAGGAUCCACUGACCCCCAACAUUAAACAGAAUACGGAGGAAUCAUUGACCACCCACUUUAAAAAGGGAGAGGAGGCGCCACAGACCUCCCACAUUAAAGAAGAAGAGGAGGAACACAGCGUUAGUCAGGAGGGAGAGCAUCUUGAAGGACUGGUGGAGUUUCCAGUGAUUAGUGUCAUCGUGAAGAGUGAAGAUGAUGAAAGUGAAAGUGAGGAGAAGAGCAGCAGCUCAACACAACACAUGACAACAGAAGCUGAUGGAGACCACUGUGGAGGAUCACAAGCAGACAAGCUCUUAGCUCCACUAUCAGAUAGUGAGGACACAACGUCACACUCUCCUGAAGACUCUAAAGAUGAUAAGACAUGUCACACUGACAACACCCACUUGAAAUGUUCUCACUGCGACAAAACCUUUAAAUAUCGUUGUCAUCUGAAAGUACACAUGAGAACACACACUGGAGAAAAACCUUUUAUCUGCUCAGUAUGUGACAAAGGUUUUGGACAACGUCAAAAUUUGAAAUCACACAUGAGAAUACACACCGGAGAAAAACCUUUCAUCUGUUCAAUAUGUGGUAAAGGUUUUGUUCUAAGAAGCAAUUUGAAAGAACACAUGAGAAUACACACCAGAGAAAAACUUUUUAUCUGUUCAAUCUGUAGUAAAGGUUUUGUACAAAGUAACAAUUUGAAAGUACACAUGAGAACACACACGGGUGAAAAACCUUUUUUCUGUUCAACCUGUGGUAAAGGUUUUACAGAAAGUCAGAAUUUGGAAAGACACAAGAGAACACACACUGGUGAAAAAUCACAUUCCUGUUCAAUCUGCAACCGAAGGUUUUCAAACCUUGUAGCACACAUGAGAACACACACAGGAGAGAAAGUGUUGAGUUGCAGUGUGUGUGGUGAAAGGUUCUCUCAUAAGUACCAGUGUAAGAAACACAAGUGUGCUGGUGAGAACAGCAGCAGCAAAUGAAACUGCAGGAUUUGAAAUAAACUGUCAAGACUUUAAUUUGGACUUUCUAACAACAUCAGCACAUAUAACAUGUGUGACAUUGUUGUUUGUGUAACAAUCUUUUUAAUAUGCUUCUACAUUUAUAGAGUUUUUCAGUAAAGUACAUGCAUUGAUAUGCAACAUUGUGUACUUUUAUUUUGACAAACUAUUACAAGAAGAAUAAUUUUACUUAAAAGGUCAGUAAAUCCAAAACGGUACAAAACAUGUGAUACAUUUAAUUAACAUUUAGUGUACAUACAUUUUGUACAAGAUCAUUUACUUUUAAAGUGUUUCACUUUAUGAAUCAUUUGUUAGGUCUCCAUAAUCCAUUAUCUUGUUUACUCUUUUGUAGUAUAAAUAUUGUGUUGUGUUUGUUUUAUAUGCAUGUCCCCAGAUCUUUUUGCAAUAUAUGGACGAGAGAAGAUGGCAUAAAUAUUUGUGGAAGGUUAUGAAGGAACUUUUGUUUAUAAGAAUCUACAUUUGUGAAUA